UAUCAUUCAACUCAGCUCCACAGGUGGUGACUGGUCUGUUUGUCUGGAAGAGGACCUAUUAAAUUCAAAGAUCAGAGACCAUGGGAGAAUGGGGUUUUCUGUCUUCUCUGCUGGACAAGGUCCAGUCCCACUCCACCAUCAUCGGAAAGGUCUGGCUCAGCGUGCUUUUUAUCUUCAGGAUCAUGAUCCUCGGAGCUGGAGCAGAGAAGGUUUGGGGUGAUGAGCAGUCCAAUAUGAUUUGUAAUACCAAACAGCCGGGUUGUAAGAACGUCUGCUAUGACCAAGCCUUCCCAAUCUCACACAUUCGAUUCUGGGUCCUCCAAAUUAUCUUCGUCUCAACGCCAACGCUGAUCUACCUCGGCCAUGUCCUCCAUGUCAUCCACAAAGAGAAUAAACUGAGAGAAUAUAUGCAGACCCACUCUAAGAGUGAAGUCGUCAAAGUUCCGAAGUACUCCGACGAAAAAGGCCAUGUCAAGAUUAAAGGCAAUCUGCUGGGAAGCUACAUGACCUCCAUAUUUUUCAGAAUCAUUCUGGAGGUAGCGUUCAUUGUGGGGCAGUAUUAUCUUUAUGGGUUCGUCAUGGACCCAAGAAUCGUCUGCUCCCGAGCUCCAUGUCCCUUCACUGUAGAGUGCUACAUGUCUCGACCCACUGAGAAGACCAUCUUCAUCAUCUUCAUGCUCGUAGUGUCCUGCAUCUCUCUCGUGUUCAACGUGGCAGAGAUCUUCUACCUGGCGUGCUCUCACUCAUCCAGACGAAGGUCUAAAACUGUUCCAGUUACCGCUAUUGCCAUUCGCCCACAUCUUAACAGUGCAAGUCUGAUGAAAAAUGAGAAGCUUAGCCUCCACGACGCCCACACAGCCUGAGGAACACCGUUUAGAUCCAGUGUGCAAAAUGUAAACAGUCGCAUAGUUACCAAGAAAACAUGAGGGUAAAUAAAAAUGUGACUGAUUGGGCUAAAUCCACAUGAGAACGUGUUUUACAUUUGCAAAAUUAUUAAAAGAGUUAUUUAUUUACAUGAGACUCAAAAAUUCCUUAAAAUGAAAGUUGGAGACAUGUGUAGAGUAUUUACGAGUGGUCUCAAGUAUUCAAAUAUUUAAAAAUGCACAAGAAGAAUACAAGACAUGGUACAGUGUCACUGAGGCAAACUUUUAAAGUUUGUUGAGUUUUUGUGGUUUUAUUUUGUUCCUUGCAUUGUGGGCGACUUUUGAAUCCUGCCGCCCCCAGGUUGUAGAUAAUAAAUGUGACUGUUGUUAUUCUGCUGUGACCUGUGACUUUGUGGGCCUGACUUGCUGCAUGUACUUUUGUCGCCGUACCAGUUCGCACUGGCUAAAAGCCCUUUAGUAGCGCUACUCAUCUAGAGCAGUGUUUAAGUGCUCUUAGUGCUACUUUUCUUUUUAAAUGUUAUUUUUAAGUUUCUAAAUUGUUAUAUUUUCGGAGAUUACUUUUAAAAUUGUAAAUAUUUUAAUUAGAAAUCUCGUUUUUUUCAUGUUUUGUAUUUUAAUAUGAUUACAUGUGCCUUGUGUUUGUAACUGAUUGUAAAUUUGAUAAAUUCAUUGAGGAAACAAUUGUUGCUGGUUUAUUAAAAUAUGUCUGGAGCUUAGUUCUAUGUUUUUGUUUCAUUACCACAGUCAUUAUACUCAUGCAUGGUUCCUGAUUUCUCGCCUAGUAUUACGGAAAUUACAUUUAACCUGCUAUAAAGCACUGAUUUAGAUACAGAGGAAUAUCAAAAACAAUUUUCAAAAACUCUAUUUGUAUAGUGGUCAAAUAAUCACAUAAGAGGAGAAA